UUAACAUUUCGGUUGAUAGAUACAAGUAAAAAAUUCUCGAUUUAGCUGCUGGUUUUAUUUGAGUAUAUUAGUUUACCCUAUAUUAGUUUCGCCAUGUCUGAGUUUCCCAUCUGCAUAUCGGCGUCGCAGCGCGAAUUGGCCCGCCUCACGGAGGAGGAGCGGCUCACCGCUCAGCUGCAGGUGAAGGAGCGCAAGAAGGCGGCCAAGGCCAAGCCGAAGAAGAUCCUGGGCGGCAUGCUGAUGGUCAAUCGCAUGAAGAUGUGGCGCCAGCACAGGGAGCGCGUCAAGGAGGCGAUAAGCUCGGUGGACGCAGAGGCGCCGAACUUCCAGGCGGCCCGCAUCACCGGAGUGAACAAUCUGCGCGACGAGGCGCAGGUGUUCAUGAAGCGCACCAAGGCCAACAUCCAGCUGCUGGUGGAGAUUUCGCGUACCAUGCGCACCCACGGGGCCAUCAAUCCGUUCCGCUACGAGGUGGUGCACGCCGUCUCCAGCAUUCCGCUGGCCCUGCUCAGUCUGGAGCAGCUGGAGCGGGACAAUAGCGAGUUCGGCCGCCGCAUCAUGGAGGUGAAGAGCGAGGUGGACUCCGGUCUGUCGGACAAGCGGUUACUGGAGGGCAGGAAUGCGCCUGCUGCGGCCCCACUGGAGCUUCCGCCCCAGGCGAUGGCCAAGUACGAGGCCUUCAACAUUCCGCUGCCCGAAUCGGACGCCGAGCUGCGUCGCCUCUUCCGGCCGCGCAUCUACUUUGACAUCUAUCUCAAGGACGCCCGGCCGCUGGGCAGGAUCGUGAUCCAGCUGUACACGGAGGCAGCUCCGCUGGUCGUCCUGCAGCUGAUCAAGUCCUGCAUGUGCAAUCAGCACACCAAGUUCGUGGUCAAGCGACUCUUCCCGAAUCUCUGGCUGGAAACGGAUUUGAUGCUGGCGGCGGACUCGCUGCUGCACAAACCGCUGGAAUACGACGCCAAGGUGAUUGACCACGGCGCAUCCAGCUACGUAUUAUCCUUCAGCAAGGCUUAUGUCAAAGGCUUCACCGAGCACCUGUCCUUUGCCAUCUCGUUCAAGCCGCUUACCGUCGUCAAUGGAUCCCGCGUGGGAUUCGGCCGGAUUGUGAAGGGCAGCAAGAUAUGCGAGUGCAUCCAGAGCUACGGCACCAAGAACGGAAAGCUCAGCCGGGGCCUGCUGUUCACCAGCUGCGGAUUACUGUAGACUGCAGUUGGUCUCCAAAAAUUGUUUUCCUGUGUAA